AUGGCGGAAGAGAAGCAAUACCGCGAAGAAGUCACCACCACCAACGAGAGCCUCACUCAUCAGCAUACCGCCAGCAGUCACGGCCUUCACCAUGAUCACGUCGCUCAAGAAGCCCUUGGUGGCCAUACUGCCGAUCUGGGCAAGUCAUACUUCACAAGCGUCAACUUCAUCGGCACUGUCGUGGCUACAUGUCUAGCGCAAAUCUCUGGUUACCUGGGAUGGGUACUUCCAGCAAACACACUGAGUCUCAUCAACGCGGCGAUCGGACCGUCACCGGACAUCAUCUGGGUCGGUAUUUCCUGGACAGCUGGAUUCGCCAUCGGUUUCACACUGGUCGGUCGCCUGUCGGAUAUCUUCGGUCGUAGAUGGUUCUUCAUCUGCUCGUCAAUACUCGGUCUCAUUGGAAACAUCAUUGGUGCAAGUGCACAAAGCAUCAAUAUGCUGAUUGCUACCAACUCCAUUAACGGUCUUGCCGCAGCCGGCCAACUGUCGUUCCACAUCAUUCUUGGCGAACUCGUUCCAAACUCACUGAGAGGUCCGGUGAACGCUUUCGUGCUAUCGACAUCAGUGCCGUUCGCCGUAUUUGGUCCGCCAGUAGCACGGUCACUCUAUCAGACUACCGAGCUGCAAUGGAGAUGGUGUUACAUCCUCGGAUGCAUUGUCAACGUAUUGGCAAUCGUUCUAUACUUCUUCUUUUACUUCCCACCAACAUACGAAAUGCUUCACGUUGGCGGCAAAUCGAAACUCAAACAACUCAAAACCCUUGACUGGAUGGGUAUCUUCUUGUUCUCAACUGGUCUCGUCGUCUUCCUCAUCGGCAUGAACUGGGGCGGCUCCGCAUACCCAUGGAAGAGCGGCCACGUACUGGGAGCACUAUUUGCUGGCUUUGCCACUCUAGUCGCUUUCUGUUUCUGGGAGGCUUACGCCCCAGGACUGGAAUAUCCUCUCAUUCCCCUGCGGCUUUUCAGGAACAUCGAGUACGACGCCAAUGUUGCUUGUGCUAGUCUGGCAGCCAUCGUCUACUACGCAAACUCCAUCAUCUGGCCUACGAUGGUCUCCUCGCUCUUUACCACAGACAUUACCAAGAUUGGAUGGCUCUCGAUCCUCGGAGGCGCGGGUGUCCGCUACCUCCCACGCAUGAAGAUCCAAAUGACCGUCGCAGCAGUCAUAACCACCGCAUUCGUCGCCGCGGUCGCCGCCUCGGACGAAACAACAGAACAACGCACAACCGCCUUACUCCUAAUCGGCACCAUCGCCGCAGGCUACAUCGAGAACCUCACUCUAUCCAGCACAGCCUACCUCUGGGACCCCGCUGACAUCGGUCUGGUCACUGGUGUCAUGGGCGCUAUCCGAACAGGUCUCUCUGCCAUUGCCACGAGCAUGUACUCCUCCAUUCUCGCGACCGAGUCUGCAAAGUACAUACCACAAAAGGUCAUGCCUGCUGCGCUCGCGGCUGGUCUUCCCGAAACGUCUCUUCCGGCGCUGUUCACUAGUAUCACAGCCGGUGACUUCAGUGCUGUACCUGGUAUCUCGCCUGAGAUUAUCGCAGCUACGGGACAAGCUGUGAAGAGUGCGUAUGCACUUUCGUUCCGCACGGUGUAUCUCUGCACACUUCCGUUUGGCGUGCUGCUUAUCAUUGCGGCGGUGCUGUCGCCGAAUGUCGAGCAGUAUCUUACGGAUGAGGUGGCGAGGAAGAUGCAUGGUAGGGGUGAUGAGAAGGGUGAUCAGGCUGUUAUGAAGGAGGUCGUUGAUGCCUGA